AUGUUAAAGAAUCGCGGGGAGGCGGCGGUGAAGAAUGGUGGCAAUGGCACGGGGGACGGGAUCAACGGAGCCACACCACACCCAGAGCCACACCAGGCUGGGAUCAUGAGCGAUGGAUAUCUGCCAUCCCCAGGGUUUCCGAAUGGAACCUCAUUUCACAGCUCCCACUGGUGUUGA